UACAAGGAAUUGUUAUGGAUUAGUCAAGGCGCUGCGGGCGUCGUCUCGCAUGAUCCUAGCGAGGUGUUUUGCCCGACAGUCUUCUGUCAGCAAAUGUCAUCUCACGAAAGGAAACCAGAAACGAGCGGAGGGCCAGGACCGGAUUAUACAUGUCGUCAAGUUGUUUUAAACGAGUAUUGAAUUUCCUGUACAAUAAAAGGCCUUUGUUUUAUACAUCCGAGACGAUGUUGUGAAAUUAGAUAAAUCUGGUAAUUAGUGUUUCGAUCUGGCCAAAAUAAACCAGCUACAAUUGCUUUGUAAUGGCGGAAUUAGUGAAGGAGUUCGAAUAUGAAGAAAAGCGAAGUGAACGGGUCAUCCAAUCACGUAAAAACACUGCAGAAGAAAGAGCGAGACAGAGAAAAGAAUGGAGAAAGAGAAAACAGGAGCAGAAAAUGGCAAAUUCCACGAAUACAGCCGGAUCGCAACUACCGCCACUCAACUGGGAAGAAAAUGACUUGGUGCCAUCUAACCCUGACGCUUUGACCUGUAUUCCUGAGGAUAAGGAAAAACAGGCGCCUUCCUCGAACCAAUGUUUUGCUCCGGUGAAUGUUAAGAAACCUCGUUUCGCAGCGCCUAAGGCAGGCAGCGGAGAGAAGAAAAUGGACAUGGCUUGUUCCUCAAGAGGUGCCCUGAUGGUUCACAUGGCGGUUGGUGCCGACGCAGUUGUCGCGCACAAGACUCAGAAGCCUUAUGAAAGCCCGAUUGCAAAACAAACCACAAUUGCUAACAGCGGAUGCAAAUUUGAGCGCAAAGAACUUAGGCCGGAAAACAUUGAAUACUUAUCUAAAAAUCCAGUCGGUAGUGGAAGCUUCGGAAAAUGUUUUCUCGGGCGCUAUAGAGGUAUCGAAGUGAUAGUGAAGCAAAUGACUCACAAUGAAACAGCGGAGGAUAAAGAAAGAGCAAGGAGAGAUUUACUCCAUGAAGCAAAGAUUGUUUCUGCUUUGGGUGACCAUCCAAAUCUGCCCAUGAUUUUUGGUGUUGCCACUAAAACUUUACCAUUAUGCCUCGUGACGCAAUUUCACGGUGUUAAGGAAGAAAGUGUAACUCUCCAUCAAGCGGCUAACGCCAGUAUACUUACCAUAGCAAACUGUAUUUCUAUAUUUCAAAAGAUAUGUUGUGCUUUAGGCCACGUGCAUUCAAAAGGCUAUCUUUACAAUGACAUAAAAGCAAACAAUGUCGUACUGGAACGAACCUCAGUCUCUGAGGAAUUCAACCCAGUUCUCAUUGAUUUUGGGAAAAGCGGAAAGGCUUCAUCGGCCCUGUUGUACCGCAGAAAAGGCAACGUUGUGAACGGCAAAGGGAAAAGCUAUUUGGCCCCUGAGGUUGUAAGUGAACGACUCUACAGUGUUGUCAGUGACAUUUAUUCAUUGGGACGAAUGCUCAAGGCUAUAUCAUGUAUGGUGGGCUUUUACGAGCGGGUCCGAGGAUUAGUAAAGGCGUCAACCACAGAUAAGCGCUCAGAGAGACUCAGUCUUAAUGUUUUCUCAAAUAAGAUUGCCGAAGUCAAAUUUUAGGUGUAGCAUCAUUCAUAAUUAAACACGUCUAUAAGCUUAAAUGGUCAUGUCAGAAUAACUUCGUCUAAAAUUGAAGUAUUGUAUUGUCAGUGAAUUUUGUUACGAACGUGAGAUCGUUAGCAAUGAAAUACCGUGCGUGCCACAGAAUGACUAGACCCACCAGUGUAAAAUUUGUUUCAAUAACCAAUGAAUAGAAUACUUCCUUGCCCAUGAUUCUGCCGCAACGAAAGUUUAGAAAUGAAUGUAAGUGGUAAAAAAGUCUUUUAUUCAAUUUUCAGUUGGAUAAGUGAAAGAGAUAAGUAUUACUAUUACAAUUCUUGCUUUAAUACAAUAUGUCGCGGUUGAACCUCUCACAAUCGAGACAGACCUAUGACUGAGUUAGGAUUUUGAGUUGGAUUUUGGAGGAUUUCGAACAACAAGAACAGACGCGAUAUACAUGAAGUUUUCGCAAAAAGGUGCCAAAUUGUUCGAAAGAUCCAUUUAAACCAGGAAUUUAAUUUCUCUAGUUUCACGACUUUUCCCUUAGUAUCGUCUGGGAAUGACACCACAAAGCAAGCACCCGAAAAUCCAACUCGAAAUCCUAAAUCGGUAAUAAGGCAACCUCCAUACAAUCAGCUCUUAUUGUAUUUUACUUUCUUCUGGUUGUUGUUAAGGACGUUCGCGCCAAUUGUUUCUGUGCAUCCUUACUGCGCACGCAA